GCAUUCUCGGCAAGUACGUACUCCCGUGCGGAGAACGCGAGAACUCGCGUACUUGAGAAUUGAGAAAGGGCCAUGGUCUGCAGGUCCGCCUCACCGUGUAAGCUAAGCAGCUAUGCUUCAAAUAAAAAAUCGUAUGAGGUACAGCUCGUUGGGCAUCACUGCAGCGCGCCUGUUUUCUCCCGGCCCCGUCGAGAACCCGGUAGUAUUUUUGGACAUCGAUGCUGACAGCGAUCCUCUGGGGCGAAUAAUCAUUGAGCUGAAUGCAGAUGUGGUGCCAAAGACUGCAGAAAACUUCAGGGCUCUGUGCACUGGGGAGCAUGGCUUUGGAUACAAGGGAUCUGUGUUUCACAGGGUCAUCCCCGAGUUCAUGUGUCAGGGAGGAGAUUUCACCAACCACAACGGUACAGGAGGGAAAUCUAUUUAUGGGAAAACGUUUAAAGAUGAAAACUUCAAGUUAAAGCACACUGGUCCAGGAACGCUUUCAAUGGCAAAUUCGGGCCCGAACACCAACGGCUCGCAGUUCUUCAUCUGCACAACGAAAACCGAGUGGCUUGAUGGUAAACACGUGGUGUUCGGUCAGGUGAAGGAUGGGAUGGAUGUGGUCUCCAAGAUGGAAUCCUUUGGUUUACAUGACGGCGGUGUGAUCAAAAAAAUUGUCAUCACAGACUGCGGGGAGAUCAAAUGACGCCCGAGCGCACUCACAGGCUUCUGCUGGAUGAGUCAGUGUGCAGCAAUCUAGUAUUUACUCUCUCCUGGCUCGUGUGUUCGUGACACGCUGAAGGCAGGGCUGUCGCAGGUGAUCAGCUUUUACUCAAAUCUGCGCUUUUUAACUCCUGGUUUUGAGGUUGAGCAAAGCCAGAGGUUUCUAACGCUCAGACAGACCUUUUUACUCUCUAAAAUUUUUACUCGACUGAUCUAAAUUGUAUGCAAGCAUGUAAAACAAUUGUGUGGUGACUCAUUCCCCAAUAACUGCCAAAUAAAUGACCGAUUUUUUUCGACUUUA